CUCCCUUUCAAUCCUCAACUAGGAGUUCUUUGUUUUGCAAAAAACAGCACUUAUCCACUGGUUGGCCUUUUGUGCGUAACGAACAACUAUGGGGCGCUGGACGCAGUAUGAUGAAGACGAUUACAGACUCCCAGAAGGCGUCAAGCGAGUUGGUUACGACGCCGACAGUGAGCGGUAUUAUUUCCGUGACCGUGAAGGAUUGGUAUACCAAGGGCCAGAGGGCUCUGAAUUCGGGGAGCUUAAGCUAGUGUCUGAAAUACCCUCUUCCAUCCCUCAAGAGGUAGAUGAAGACAGUGACCUGGAAGCUGCUCCUACUGGCACUGACGGUUAUCGCAUCUUGGCGCUAGAUGAGAACGGCACCCGGUACAAUCCCCGGGGAGGAGCUUACCGCACACUUUUCCCGUUCUUUCUCAUGAUCGCUGUCGUCUUAUUAUUGGUCUGGCGUCUCGUUCUGUUGCCUACACGUAUCGCUCCUGUUCCAUGCCCUUCAACGACCCUCUCCUACAUCGUGCAACCUGGAGACACUUGUUGGGAUAUUGCCAACGACCACAAUUCCUCUUUAGACAAACUUCUCAUUGUCAACCCUAAAGUGGACUGCGACAAACUCAUGCCUGGUGAACGUGUUUGCGUUCCAGAUGAAGGGAUGUCCAUUAGUGUCCGUUUCUAGGGACUUUUUUAUUAUUUCAAAACAUAUUCCACGCAGCAUAGUCUCAUUUGUAUAUUAUUGCUCAUCGCAUAUGGACAUUCGGAUAUUGGUUUUGUACCCAACAGUUUACUUUUAGAUGACGUCAGAACUGAAUGUGGUAACGCAGCUGCAUAGCCACUAUGCUUCUGUUCAACUUUC